AUGAGCUGCCCAGGCGACACGUUCUUCACACGACUGGCUUCUGGCAAGAUCGACGGCAAGACAGUUGCGUUUGCUGGAGAUGCUGGAAGGGUGAAUGUGGCCACGGGCAGGCUGUUCCCGCAAAGCUCUGGCAUUUAUGUUCGGAUUCGGACUGAAGCAGCAGCAGCAAUCUCAAUAGCAGCCACGAUGCAAGAAUUGCUCACAGCUUGCGUUCAAUGUGAAGUAUCAAGCAAAGCCUCAUCUGAGGCCCGAAGCAUGUCGGACCAGGGUCCCGUUGCACCCGAGAAUGAGGUGGACUUCCACUUCUUCAAGGUCCACCUCUGGCGCGAGAUGAAAGGGACCGAUCAACUCGCCCCUGCAGUGGUGUGGCGCGAAAUUCAGACCUUCAUCAAGGGGCAUCGGAAGGUGGCGGACUCGAGCGAAGGCUUUCUGAGUCAGGAAGACUACCUGGAGCUCGUCGGAAUGAAGAUGAACUGGGCUGUCCGGGGCUGCCGAGAUCAUCUUUACAAUCUGUUCCUAGGUUCCCCAAUGCUACCCUUUUGCCCUUUCGGAUUUUGGUACGAGAGGACGAAGAAGGCGAUCAACGGCUUCGAUCGCAUGGAUGUGGCUUUUGACGUCCUCAGGCGCCUUCAGCUGUGCUUCGGAUGCACAGGGAGGCAAAGCCAGGGGAGGGAGUUUUGCAGCUUGAAGCUUGGCCGCACGGUUACAAAGGUCCACGCAUUCAUCACCUCUAUGUGGACGAAGUGCAGGCCGGUACCAAGUCUUGCCUGCCCCGUGGCCAGACUCGCCAUCGUCUUUGUCGGCGACACUUGCCAGACAGUUUCGAGCGAGACAGACUUUCGCUUCAAAGACUUGCGGUCCUGCGUCAAGGAGAUAUUCUAUCCGACCUCCAGCCCGGAGGUGGUGAAGGACCUCUGGUCGCUCCUGGUGAACUAUCGAUCGCAUGAUGGCAUCGUGCAGGCCAGCAACCGCGUCGUCAGCCUGCUGGAAGAGCUCUUCCCGAUGACUAUCGACAAGCUCCCUGCUGCGAUGGGCCAGAGUGCUGGUCCACCUCCCGAAUGCCUCAACUUCGAUGAGCUGUCGAGACUCCUCCGCGAGCUGGACUCGAGCCGGAGCUCUGCGUCGAAGUGUUUGCUGGGUGCCAACCAGCUUGUGAUCGUUCGUAGCGAGGACCAGAAAGACCAGUUUCUGAAGGUGGCUGCUGAAUGUACAUCCGGAAGGGAUGCCGGCAUCGUCAUGACGGCAGAGAGUCUGGGAACGAUGAUGGACGAGAUCGCUGCGAAGGGUCUUGAGUUCACCGACGUCCUGAUGUACAACUUCAUCAAAGAUUCGGCGUACGGGCACUGGACGCAGCUUCUGCAGUCGCACACCAACUUUUCGAAGGAAGGCUCUGCGAAUGCGGAAAAGGCCAUCGCUUGCUUGGAGCUGAAGAGGCUCUAUGUUGCUGUAACCAGGGCUAAGAAACGGCUCCUCAUCUACGAGGACACGCGCAGGGACGACGCAGCCGUGAAGGCGUGGCUUCCUUGGUCAUGA